AUGUUAGCAAGGCUGCAAUUCAAGUUCGUCAGCUAUCAGUCGCUCUUUGCCUUGUGCGUCCUUCUUCUCAUAUACCAGAUCUACACCAUCCGCUCCGCCCACGAUGACAUCGCCCUGCCCAUCGAGGAAACCGUCCAAGCACCUAAGUAUGAAGGCAUACCGAGGGUAAUAUGGUACAAGCUGGGUCCUCGUGGCCUCUCAGAAGAAGCCCGAAACUGGACUGAUAGCUGCAUCACGUCCAACCCAGGGUACGAAGCGCACUUCAUGACGGACGAAAGCAGCGACGAAUAUGUCCGAACCGCCUUCGCAUCGAGGCCAGAUAUCGUCAACAACUACCUUGCGCUUCCAGUGCCUAUAUGGAAGGCAGAUCUGCUUCGCUACUUGUUGCUCUGGGAUCAAGGUGGCAUCUGGUUCGAUCUCGAUGUCUCCUGCGAGAACAUACCCAUCGACGACUGGAUUCCACCGGAGUACAAAGCGAACACAAGUCUGGUUGUGGGCUGGGAAUUCGACCAUGGGUGGCCAGACAAUUACUUGCACCAGAUGGAGAUAUGGGCCAUCAUGGCAAAGCCCCGGUCACCGCAUCUGAUGCAGGCGAUAGAUGACGUUUUGGAAGAGCUGGCUAAGAAGGCCGCCGAACAUGGCGUAGCCGUCGAAGACACUACCAUGGAGAUGAUGGGAGAUGUAGUCGACUUCACAGGCCCAAGGCGUCUGACGUAUGCGGUAUACAAGAGUCUGGGUGCCAUGGUGAACCGCAACCUGGCGGGAAGUGACGUCGAGAAGCUUCUGCAGCCCAGGCUAGUCGGAGAUGUGCUGUUCAUGCCCGGUCGCUCUUUUGCGCCGAUGACGAACAGAUACAGCGCUGAAGAGGAAGCUGUACUAUCACCACAGUUAGUGACGCAUCAUUACGCUGGAACGUGGAAGAACAGCCACGGCGGCGAGCGUUGA